GGUUCGCGAAGAGUUCUUGAAUAGAAUAAGAGCUUAGCAUACCUCUAAGUGAACGGCAGUGAAAAGUUGUACGGGAAGCGAUGAUUGAUGUCGUAAAAGUGUAGGGUAGUGAGACGGUGGAAAGUUCUGUGUUCUUUGUAAGCGCAAGAAAAAGAAGCCUGUUCUGUGUGUGCUCGUGACUUCAUCUCAGUCACGAAUCCCCCGUGACGUAGUGCCGUCUUAGCAUCCGAAGAAAGGGGAAAACAAGUAAAUCAAAUCAGAAGAAAAGGUUCCAAUAAGAGUACAACACUCCAUCCACACCACACCGCCUCCACGCUGGUCACUCUUCAUCGUCCACCAAACCGUUGUCUUCUUCGUUUUCUUGGGGAGUGGUCGUUUCGGAGCAAGGACUUUUGUCAAGGUCUGGUGUGGUGUUUGCAAACUUCGGGGCUUCGGUUAGCCUUCGUCCUUUUUUCUCAGCAUCCGUAUAACGAACGGCGGCACACUGGGAACCCGAUUGAAACUCUGUCGGCAAACGAUGGCGGAAGUAGGCACCAGUUCCAGCGGCGACGGGGAGUCGGCCGCUCCGGACAAACCGAAGGGCACGGUCAAGUUUACCGACGCCGAUCUGGCCGCUAUCAAGCAGACGAGUGACACUUGGAAGCGAAAUCCUAAAAUGGAUUUCAGCAAAGCGGAUUUGCUAAAGUUGCUCAGCUACCUGGAGGGAGAACUGCAGGCUCGCGACGUCGUCAUAGCGGUCUUGAAGACGGAAAAGAUAAAGCAGCUGCUCACUACGCCCCGUUACAGCAAAUCUACAAACCUGAACGAUCCACAUGCGGCACUGUUCCGUGAUCAGCUUGCGGCCAGCGGGAACAUCGCAAGUCGCCAGUCGUCAUUCCAGGCUGCCCAUUCGGAACACGAGAUGCGCCUAAUCAAUGACCAGCGAAGCAGCGUUCGCGAGCAAAUGGACUCACUGGCCGCUCUUGUGAUGCAACAGCGCCAGGCACAGGCAAAGAUGAUCGAAGCGCUCAAGGAUGCUGAAGAACGUCAUAAGCGAGUCGUACAGGAGCUGUACGACGAGCGGCGGAAACAUGAACACACGACGGCUCAAGGAGACGACAUUACGUACGGGCUCGAGAUCGAGCGGUCCCGGCUGAAGCAGGAACUGGACCACGAAAAGGAGCAACACAAGGCGCUGGAGAUUGAGCUGCGCAAGGUUCAGGAGCAGUUCGAGGCAGAAAAGAAUCGUCAGAAGCAAAUUGUUCUGCUGCUACUCGCCGAACGCAAGAAGAUUAUCAUAAAGUACAUCGAGGAGCGUAAGCGGAGCGAAGACUUGGCUCAGAUCCUUUCGGAAGAGAAACAGCGCGUCGACACAAUUGCGGAGGGGCUGGAAGAGGAGAGCAAAAAAUCGCUCCGCAUGGAAGCGGAACUUGAGAAACAGGCGCAGGUGUUUGAGGUGGAACGUAAAAUGCUACACCAAAGCCUGGCAAAGGAAGAGAAACGAGUAAAAGAGCAAGAAAUCGAGAUACAGCAGCUGAAGGCGGAGAUAGAUUUGCUUCGGAAGCAAACCGGUAUACGACACCCGUUAGUGGCACCGCAACUACCUACCAAGCCGGGAGGCCUAGUUCCAUCCCGUCCUUCGAUCGCUGGUGGCCUCGUCGGUGGAAUACCUUCGGGCGGUAACGCCACCGGUACUCCGGGAAUAGUCACAACGGUGGGCAGUACCACAGCUGCGACAGCGGGAUCUAUCGGAAUUGCAGGCGUGCUGCCGGGGCAGAUGAUAAGUAGCAUGGCUACGAAAGUGGUCCAGCCGACCGCCACCGUAUCGAGCGUGCCCGUCUCUGCACCAACAACCGGGAUUGCUCGAUCCGUUUCACCCGGGCAACUGAUCAGGCAAACGGCAAUAUCGCAACUUUCGGUCACGGCUCCGCCAACAGUCGGCGGUAACAGUAGCCCGGUGGCCCCGGCCGGCACCGGAGGAUCUCCCGCCGGCGCAAUACCGUCGGAAACCUAUGCAAACACCACCGGAAAGAUGGCGAGUACGGGCGUACGUAAGGCAGCCGGUAUAGCCGCUGCCACGGUAAUAGCUGGCGGCGCAGGAACAGGAGCAACGUCACCGGCGGCGGCAACGAAUUCCUCGGCGAUGUCUGGCUCCACGGCGACCAUGAAGAAGACAAUAAUUCCACCGGUCGGAGGCCGUGGAGUGCCACCACCGAUCCCGCCCAACAAGCCCCAAAUUCCGCCGAAGCUGUCCGGGGUAUCGGCGGUCGCUGCGGUCGCUGCGGGAGCUGUGUCGUCUCGUAUACCCUUUCUCAGCAACAGCGGAAGCAGCAGUAGCAGCAGCAGCGGGAGCAGCACCGGAUCGUUGGGCAGCAGCAACACGACUCCUGUUAGUCCCGUCAGCAGUAGUAUCAGCAGUAGCGCACUCAGUAGCACGGCCACCGCAAGCAGUCUCAUCAAUGCGUCUGCCAUGAGUAGUAGUAACAAUGUAGCAAGCAUCAGCAACAACAGCAGCAACAGCAUCAGCAGCAUUAAUAGCAAUAGUGUGCUCCCACCACCAUCAUCAAUAUUCUCAUCAUCAUGCGCUCCCGGCAUCAAUGCAAACGCAACCCCAAUCCAGAGCACCACUCCCGGCAAUAACGCUGGCCCGAUCGCGCCAAACGCCUCACACCAUCAUCCGUUUCUUGUGUCACAUCUGUACACGAACCAUCCUCACGCUCAUCCUCAGUCUCAUGCCCAUCCGUCAACCGGUUCGUCCGGGGGUGUUGCCAGUGCACUUUCGCCGUCCGCCAAUAAUGUUAUCGCCUCUUCUACAGCUGGCAGUGCCGUUGUUGGAGCCAAAUCCGUCGCAACCACAAGCCCAGCAGCAGCAACCGUGUCCGCAGCAGCAGGCUCCAUCGCAGCACCAACAGCAACAACAAUCCCUUCCCAACCACAAAGUGUUACGCCGACAGCCUCAUCUGCCACACCCGUUUCAUCAGCCCCCCCAGGUGGGCCAUCCGAAAUACUGACCAACGUCGGUUGCGAAGGUGGGCUUGCAUAAAUCCGGCGGCCGCUAGUAGUUGGACGUUGAAGGAAUUGUUCAUGGUCGCUCGACAUUUGGGUGGGGGUGAAUAAGAAAUAUUUCUUCACCCUCGCCCGCCCCACAUUAAUGUUUUUUGCCAUACUAUGCCACUGGUUUUUUAAUUCGACAAGUUUCCCUAAUGAACGUGACAAUGCACACUGACUGGUUGGGAGCAACAGCCAAACCCCUCUUGCUUCUACUUCUUGACUACGAAACUGGAAAGUGUGUUUCGUUUCUUCUUAAAUGGUUUGCACUUCCUUGCGUCCUACGUAAGAGGUAGUAAUCAACCGGAGGUACUACUGUUCAACGAAAUAUGAAUGUGACAUAAUUGGUAGUUCUAAUUCUCAACGAAGAGUACGAAGACGAUCUUCUCUUAAGGGUACAGUGAGCACAGAUUUAUUUACAUCACCAUCGUCCAUUUAUUUAGUAUAAUUUUAGCUAAACUUUAGAUUCAAUUUAAAUGUGUAUGUUUUAAACUGAUUAAUUGAUUCAAUGCAAAUUGUUUCCAAUUUUUGUUCGAUUCAGGGGAAUGAAUAAUUUUUAUUCUUUAACACGUUAAUCGCCAUGUCAGUCCCUGGGGACUGAUGGUGAACUUUCCGUUCACGCCACGUCGGUCCUUAGGGACUGACGAAUCCAUGAGUCGUGUCGGUCCGCCAGUGUCGGUCCGCCAGUAUCGGUCCGCCAGUGUCGGUCCGCCAGUGUCAGUCCGUCAGUGUGCUUCAUUUUCAUGGACUCUCUUCGUUUCUUUCUUUCCACUUCGUUUCGUUUCACCGCUGCUAAUCGUGGCAGUGACUCGAACACAAACAUCGAACGAAAUUGCAGACCGAGUGGCGUUAACGGAAAGUGUCACAAAACAGGCUGGGCGGUUAACGUGUUAAUAAGCCGUGUGACACUAUGUAUGUAUUGUUGGCAAAAUUGUUAGCAGUAUUUGCUGGAUUGCUAGAAGACAAGAAAAAAACGACACGGGUCAUGCGUCAUCGUUUUGGAAGUUGCUUCCACAAAAGUGCAAGUUUUUGGUUCAUUUUGUACGUCCAAAACAUGCAAAAGAUGCUACUUAAAAUUCCGUUCACAUGAAUUUACAGUGAUAAUUUUAGCCACCGGAGCGUCGAACUAGCUGAUUGUGAUUUUAUUUUUUGUUGAGACAUCUACAUUACGUUUUAAUUUAAAGAAAAAUAUUAUACAUAUUUACGAAAAACUUAGGCUUAUCACGCGUUUCAAAUGAGCAAAAUAAGUGUGGUUUAAACAGUUUCGGAUCAGUAACAUCACAUUCGCAGCCAUCACACCAGACCUCAUGGGAAUCCUACAGCAUCCAUGAAACAUCACGUGCAAUCCAUUUGUUCACAACUAUAGCGUGUCCAUCCAAUCAACAUCACAUAUGAAUUAGAUAUACAGAGGCAAAAUAGACGGAUAAAUAUUUCCUCACGUGUUAAUGUUGAAUAAAUAUAGUAUUAUAUUGCCUCAGUCUAUAA